CCGCUCUCACAGCUCAUAGCCGGCACGCCCACCCAGCAUCACAACAUCAUCAAGAAGAACAACAACAACCACGAAAGGAGCCCCUGAGAAUGUAAGUAAUGCUUCGAGGAAGAUGAGGGCCGAAGUUCUCCAUCGGCCUCGUCUCUGCCUGGCCAGCGUCAUGAUUGCUACAACAGCUGCCGCCAACCCCGUUGCCGCUCAGGAGUUCGUCGCCGACGACCACCCCUCGACCGUGACCGAAGUCAUCACCUCAAGCGCCCAUUCAAUAACCACAACCACGCCAAAUUCGCCGCCCCCACGGCUUCGACAACGGCUUCGGCGCCGAGUGCUCCGGCAUAGCCUACGGCGGCGAUUUUGUGAACUGCACUUGGACUGGGGGCGCUACGGGCGCUACCAUGCAGUCGAGAUAGGCCGAUCCCAACAUCUCCAUCAGCUACGUCUAUCCAUACCCGAACGCCCGAUCGAACUUCAUUUUCAACUUCGCCGCUUCUUUGGACAUCAACGUUGCCGAGCAGACCGUUUACCCCGAUUGAAUACAACUAGGAUUGGGUUCUCAAACAACUCCAGGAACGACAUCGUCUCAAGCCAAUUAAGUACACGGUCCGCCAGCUGGCAGUUAUUACUAGCGGUUCAGUCAACACGCUUAUCUGUCGUGAUGGUGGCGCGAUAGCGGACACAGUAUUGUCGGCCAAGCGAUUGUGGCCAAUGAAGGCACCGCGACAUUUGGACGUACUUGCACAAUGUUUUCUAAAGCCUAUCACUUGCUGUCCACGCACCACGCAUCUCAGUCGUGGAU